CUGGACGCCCGUCCGGCUCUGCUCCAUUCCCUUCGUCUCCCUCCAGCAGCCUCCGGCCAUCGCCCUCUGCGAUGACCUCCACGACGCCGGGGACCUUCGGAACGCUGGCUAACUCCGGACCGGUCGCGCUCUCGUUCCCGACGACCACCUCCUUCGCAAGCUUCCUAGGCGGCGGUUCGAGUCCUAGCCGAAUAAUGGACAGCGGGGGAGGAGUCGGGCUGUCCAAGUUCAAGGCCAUGACCCCGCCUUCCCUCCCGCUGUCGUCGUCGUGCCCGCCGCCGCCGCAGUCGUACCUCCACGCGUUCUCCGGCCUCCUCGACUCGCCCAUCCUCUUGACUCCCAGCCUAUUCCCGUCGCCGACGACGGGCGCGAUCCCGUCGGAGCCCUUCAACUGGAUGGGGACGGCGGAGAACGACCUAAGCGGCAGCGGCGUAGAGGCUGAGCAGCGCCAGCAGUACACCGACUUUGCGUUCCAGACGGCGGCGGCGGCGACGUCCACGAUUAUUACCGGUGCGGCGCACACGGCGUCCUUCCCGCAGUCGUCUGUGCUGAUGCCCCCAUCGGGACGAGUAGGAGACUCGUACAGCGGCGAGAUGCUGCAGCAGCAGCCGUGGACCUACCAGGAACCGACGGCGCAAUUCGAGGCGCCGGCGGCGCAGGCUGGCAACAUGUUCGGCACCGGCGGCGGCUACGGCGCGGCUCCCGGCUUCCGCGAGCAGAGGCAGAGCCACCGCCCGUCGUCGGACGACGGGUACAACUGGCGCAAGUACGGGCAGAAGCAGAUGAAGGGGAGCGAGAACCCGCGCAGCUACUACAAGUGCAGCUUCCCGGGCUGCCCCACCAAGAAGAAGGUGGAGCAGUCGCCGGACGGCCAGGUCACGGAGAUCGUGUACAAGGGCACGCACAACCACCCGAAGCCGCAGAGUACGCGCCGGGGCGCCAGCUCGGCGCCGGCGUCGUACGUGGUGCAGAGCGCCAGCGACGCGGUGAUGCCCGAGCAUUCCUGGGGCGCGCUGUCCGGAACACCCGUGGUGACGCCGGAGAACUCGUCCGGGUCCUUCGGCGGCGACGGCGACGAGGUCAACGGCAUGAGCUCGCGGCUGGGCGGUAGCUUCGGCGCCGACGAUCUCGACGACGAUGAACCCGACUCCAAGAGAUGGAGGAAAGACGGUGGCGACGCCGACGCAGCAGGGUGCUCGGUGUCGGUGGCCAGCAACAACCGGACGGUGCGGGAGCCGAGGGUUGUCGUGCAGACGAUGAGCGACAUCGACGUCCUGGACGACGGCUACCGGUGGCGCAAGUACGGGCAGAAGGUCGUCAAGGGCAACCCGAACCCGAGGAGCUACUACAAGUGCACGGGGGCAGGGUGUCUGGUGAGGAAGCACGUGGAGCGCGCGUGCCACGACACGUGCGCGGUGGUCACCACGUACGAGGGCAAGCACAACCACGACGUGCCCCCGGCGCGCGGCAGCGCCUCGCUCUACCGCGCCGCGCUGGCGGCGCAGAUGCCGCCACAGCAGGCCGCGAGCUACCAGGGCGCGCCGAUGCCGGCCGCGGAGAGAGGCAGCUUCGCCUUGUCCGGGUUCGGCGACCCGGUGGGCACGGCGUACUCUUAUUACACGAACCACCACCAGGAGCAGGAGCAGCAGCAGCAGCAGCCGAACCAGGCGAUGCGCUACGCCAAGGACGAGCCACAAGACUGCAUGUCGUUUUUCGAGCAGCAACUCCUGUUCUGACCAGAUGAAACGCUGCCACAUCGAUUGUGGCAAGACAUGCUCGCACUUGUGAAUUGUGAUUCUUUUUUUUUUACUCGACACACUAUGUACACUAUCUGUAGUGAUUUGUUUGGAGGCUCCAACUUUGCAGGCAUCUGCAGAGUGGGAUUGCCUUCUGUAAGAUGUAGGACACAUCAUUUCCGUAGCCUCCUAGGGAGCAAAGGUCAGGGCAAAUGAUUUUUCAGCAGUUUGACUGCUUUUUUUUUGUCAAAAAGGAAAUCGUUGUAAGUGCGCAGAUCUUAAAAGAAAAGGUAUUCAGUUCACGUA